AUGAAUUUAGCGAAGAACUCUGCUAAAUUAGCAGCAUGUAUUCUGACUUGUUCUAUGCUAGACGUUACAAUAGGUUUAUCCCCGAACAAUGCGAGGGAAUCGGAGAACGAAAGAAAACCUGUGAAAUUAACGAUGAAACAAGGGCUGGUAAUGAAUCAGGUUAUUGGCACUUACACACUGAACGACCCUCGAGAUCCCUUGUGCAGAAAGCAUAGUGAGGAGUAUCGAGUUGGCCUGCGUGCAAUGGAAACUUGGGCCUUGCAAAUGUUUGAUUCAUCUUCGAAAUUGCAAUCUGGAAUCUUAAUGGGAAACUUGGUGGAAUACGGCGCCUUCAAGCAAUGCUUAAGGAUUUAUAAGGCGACGCAAAAUGGACCUAUUCGCGGCAAACACUGCACUUUUCGGAUCAUUCCAGGGGAGGCGACACUCAGGACCGUAAUGGCAUUCCACAACGUCUCACGAAAGCGUUUCGAUUUGUUGAAAAAGAGCAUAAUUGAGGGUGUGCGUUUAAUGUGGUCCGUGUGUAUCCCGGAUUCGUGUCCAUCAUCGGACGUAUUCCCCCAUUUCAACAAAACAAUAUCCGAAUUGGUUCAGGGAUUAGACAUAACCGUAACGUUGGCGGAAGAAAACUGCAUGACUUUAUCGAGCGGCGGCGAAUGGAGUUCAAAGGAGUAUUCGUUUUUGAUUUUAGCAGCUUGUAUAAUCUUCGGCGUGUUGGUCUGCACGAUUAUCGAUCUCGUAAAACGCGACAGUAAUCACUUCGUUAAAAUAUUUUCGGCGAUUUCUAACGGUCAGAAACUGCUCGCGCGUAAAACCAAUCACGAGCUGAAUUGCUUGCACGGAAUUAGAUUUUUGAGCACUUGCUACGUCAUGUUCGGGCACAGGUUCAUGACGGGGAUGCUCUUUCCCUCAAUUAACUCCUUGCAGCUGAUUGACUGGGUGCUCGAAUACACGAGCACGCUCAUAAUUGGAGGGACAGUCUGUGUGGAUUCCUUCCUUUUUGUCAGCGGAAUGCUCGUCAGCUAUGGCUUCUUUGAAAAUGUUACGAAAAAUAACAGAUUUAAUGUGGUGUUUUUUUACGUUUAUCGCUACAUAAGGAUCACUUUACCGCUCUCUGUUGCGGUCAUUCUUUAUUCCACUUUUAUACAGCGUUUCGGGGAAGGGCCUUUAUGGCGCGAGACCUACCAAGCCAUGCAGCUUCCCUGCCAGUACUUCUGGUGGAGCACACUUCUGCACAUUCAAAACUACGUCAAUCCACAAGCUCUGUGCAUCCCUCAAACCUGGUACCUGACUUGCGAAAUGGUUUAUUAUUACUUUUCGCCGGUGAUUCUCUACCCUUUGUGGAAGUGGCCCAAGAUUGGGUGUCUAAUUCUGGCGCUGACUUACAUCGCCUCAGUCGGGAUUAAUUUUUCGUUGGCUUGGACGCGGGAAUAUCAAGGAGGGAUGCCGUUAACGAACCAGCUUUUUCAUACCGAGUAUUUCCAGCGGCAUUAUGUAGCUCCUCACGUCCGUGCAUCUCCGUACAUAAUAGGAUUAGGUUUUGGUUAUACGAUAUUCAAAACAAAAGGGAAAAAAAUAUCCCUGGGCUUAUUUUGGAAGCUAGUCGGCUGGCUAGUGGCAAUAAUUUUUCUGUCGUGUGUGGUUUUGGGUUCGCACGUUUUUCAGGAGGAAAAUCACGACUACAACCGUUUAGAAUCGUCGCUGUACCUUUCCUGCUCGCGAUCGGCCUGGGUUUUGGGGAUCGCCUGGAUUAUAUGGGCGUGUGUUCACGGCCAAGGAGGCUUUGUAAACGACAUUUUAUCCCUGCACGUUUUCCGCGUACUGGGCCGACUCGGUUACGGCAUUUUCCUUUUUCAUAUGUGCUUUCAGUUUUUAAAGGACGGAUCAGGCCAAAUGCCGGCCUAUUUUUCAAAUUUCCACAUGCUGUACUACUGCUUCGGAGAUUUAGCGAUAAUGAUAGUCGUCGGAGCACUUUUCGCCCUCUGCUUUGAAUAUCCCUGCUUAACAAUUGAAACUCUACUCUUCGAAAAAAACCCAAGGAAAAUUUUAUUCAAACAGACUAUCUCCAAUCUACCAUGAAAGCCGAUUUUAUGCACAAAUGUCUGUAAUGUACAAUAAAACCGGCGUGCUUUUGUCGCUUCUUACAAUACACGCGUUUCCAGCACGA